AUGUCACAAUCCUCCGAGCUAGCCUCACCCAUCCUGUCGUCACAUUCAGCCCCUGUUCAGUUUGCCUCGACUCCGAGUUUAUUUCCUUCGAAAGCAGCUCGUGUUCACCAUCUCCGCGAAUUGAAGGCAGACCUGAAGAAAGUAGCAACGGCCCGUGGACCAGUUUACACUCGAAAAGUUGCAAUUCUUGUUUGUUGGGAGGACGAUGACACUGGCGCGAAGCAGGAUCUGAUCACUAUGAGUGGUGUCCUGGAAGAUUUCGGUAUCCAGUGUACCAACCACAUGCUAAGGACAGCAGACGAAACCCCUGGCUGGACACUCUCCCACAAGAUCCAACAAAUGCUUCUGGAUUGUGCUCAUUCGAAGUUACAAUCCUUGUUCGUAUUCUAUUACGCCGGACAUGGGACCAUUGUCGAUGGUAAAAUGUCUUUCGUCUCAAACAGCAAGACUGUCUCGUGGCCCUCACUAUAUGCCAUUUUCACCUCCGAAGAGGAUGCUAAUGUUCAUGUUCUCACGGUACUGGAUUGUUGUCACGCUGCAGGUGCAACAAGAUCGCAAACUCCAAGAACAAUUCAAAUUAUCGCCGCUUGUGAUGCCGAGGAGACAACAAGCCCUCGACCUCAGAAAGUGUCUUUCACCAUGCGAUUAUUCCGCGCAGUGCAGCAUUUCAGAGGGCAAUCGAAUGUGACAACAGCCGCUCUGUUCCAAGAAAUCCAGCGCCAGAAACCACGAACUACUCCAAGUGCUAUCAUGGAAACUCUGAGCGGUACUCAACCAAUCAACCUUAUCUUCAAAGAUCAUACAGCCCCCUCGCGCAUCCCUCGCCUCUCAUCGCAUACCAAAGCCGUACAUGUACUUGUCAAGUUGACACUCCAUGGCCAGUCCCAAGUACCGGGGCAUAGCGAACUGUUACCAAGUUUUCAAACUGCAAUCCGAGAGCUUCCAGCGAACAUGCAAGUGGAUGUUAUGGAUGCAUACGAGACAGAUCAGUCUGUCUUCUUUCUCAUGGGGUUGUCGUGGGAAGCUUGGUCACUGUGGACCAUGGUUGCGCACUUUGAUUUCAUAGGGAUCACUCUUGGCCCUUCCUUGAUGGACCGGCAUUUUGUCGAAUUUCCAGUUCCGACCUCUGGAGAGGAUUGCCCGUCUCAUGGCAGAGGAAAUACCGAGUAG